AUGUUCACGCAAAUCAUCCAGUACAUUUUGAUGCCACUGUGGAGCGUCGGGGGCAUUAUUGGGUCAAUCGUGGCUGCGGCAGGCGCCAUUUCAACGUCUUUUGAGGACUUCAUCGACACCGUCGCCAAGAUGCGUUUCUUCUCGGUCGCAACCGCGGCCACCCUCGGCGUUGCCGCGAUGAGCCUCCUCGCCUCGGCCCUGCCCACCUACCACGACGAUGCGGGCAUCAAACCGUCCGCGGAGGAGGACUCUGCCUUCGCAUGCCACAGUGCCAUGGAGCACGCGCCGGCAGCCCCUGCAAACAAGCAGUGGGAAGCAGAAGCCGGUGCGUCCGAAGGGCACUCCGAAACAACCACGCCAGAGGCCGCCGAACCAAAACCUGAAGAGGCAGACGAAGCCGCGGCGGCACCCGAGGACAGCGCCGGUACCGACCCCAGCGCGCCGGCUGAGUUUGGCGGGCGCGGUGAUGGCUACUUGGGCCAAUCCGUCGUGUACAACAACUGCCCCUUCAUCGUGCACAGCAACAUUGUGCACGGACCCCGUCCUGGGGUGGAGGGCCCGCCGGAGGAGAUCUACUCCAUCCUCCAACCCCAGGAGGGGCUGUCGCAUCCUUUCGCCCACGACCCGCGCAUGGGCGUCAGCUGGAAACUGUGGCGGACCGAUUCCGACAACACGGCGCCGGUCCAGUUCGAGUGGACCUGGCACGACUCCUUCCAGCGGACCUGGUACGAUCUGAGCAUGGUCAACGCUGGAGACGCCGGGUGGCUCGACGAAGACGCCCACCAGGGCGAAGCCAUCAUCGGCGACGAGGACGGCCUGGGCGCCUACGUCGGCGAGGUCGCCAUCAAGCACGCCUUCAAGGACGAGGGCAUGACCUUGACCCCGGACGUCGUCGAGGGCAACUGUGUCCCCCUGCACUGUGCGCCCGGGGAGGAGUACUGUAUGGCCUCGUACAAUGUGCACAACGACUGGGGACAGCAGCAUGACUGUCGGGAGGCCGUCGACUUGACAUUGACGUUGUGUGGUUGA